AUGUCAGCUUUCGCUAAUCCAUUCACAUCGGGUGUAAAGCCUAAUCUUUCUAAUACAAGUGGCGUCAAUCCUUUUACUACUAAUGGUACUAAUAACAAUAGCAUGGGAAGUAGUGCAUUUGGAAGACCUAGUUUUGGAGCAACAAACACAAUGACGGGAGGCACCACUACUUCUGCAUUUGGAAUGCCCCAAUUUGGUAGCAAUACAAGCAAUACUGGCGAUGCGUCAAUUAGCGCUUUUGGCAACACCAAUAAUGCGGCCAAACCACCGGCAUUUGGACCACCUGCAUUUGGUCCUAGCGCUCCUGUCAAUAAUAAUACGCCAUCUACUUCAUCUGCAUUUGGAGCACCAUCAUUUGGGUCAGCAGGUUUUGGUACUACAGCGGCGGCAGGUAAUCCUUUUGGUAAAACUCCUAGUUCAAUGGGCUCUGCAUUUGGUCAAGCAGGAUUUGGAGCGAACAAGACUUCCACCUCUUCCAAUUCUGUGAAUAAUAGUAAUAACACCCCUUUUGGCGCUACCUCAAACAAGUCCUUGACGACAAACUCUCCUUUUGGUUCACUACAACAAAACACAUCACAAAAUGCACCUUCUACAUCGUCAGCAUUUGGCAAACCUACUUUCGGCACAACUGGUAAUACCCAGUCACCAUUUGGUGCUAUUCAAAAUACAAGUACAAACAGCGGAACAGGAACAUCCCCAUUUGGCUCAUUUGGCGCUAAUAGCAAUAACAAAUCACCUUUUGGUAAUCUACAGAGCGGAGCCGCCGCUGGUUCUUCACCGUUCGGUUUUACAACCUCCAAAGUUAAUAACAACAAUAACAAUGAGAGAAGUCCAUUUGGAACAACGAAUAAUCAAUUCUCGGCUAAUCAAUCACCUUUUACUGGAGGUGUUGGAGGUACCUUCAGUUCUGCGCCUAACUUCAACACAAAUACAAAUGGCAAUUUUCAAUCUUCUUUUGGCAAUAAAGGGUUUUCAUUUGGAAUUGCACCACAGAAAGAUGCCAGCAAGGUAUCGCAAAGUAGUUCCCCGUUCGGGCAAACAGCGCCAAACACAGAUCCAAACAUAAGUUUGAAGAAUAGUGGUAAUGCAACCUCUUUCGGGUUUGGACAGCAACCAGUGAAUGUUAAUACAGCAGCUGGAAAGAUUAGAUUCGUUCAAGGGUUAUCUUCUGAAAAAGACGGUAUUCUAGAGUUGGCUGAUCUCGCAGAAGAAACACUGAAAAUAUUCAAAGCAAACAAGUUUGAACUAGGCCUUGUCCCUGAUAUACCCCCACCACCUGCAUUAGUUGCAUAG